CGUAUUACGAUUUAUUUACACGGCGAUCACCUUGUCCUGAAAAUGUUCAACAAGAAACCGCGAAGAAACUUCAGGCAAAGGAAAGGAAAAUCGAGCGAUGAAGAUGAAGAUGAACAGAAGAGCGGAGAGGAUGAUGGAAGUAAAAUAAAAGCUACCGCUUCUAACAUAAAGCCCGUUAAGUUGCCGCAGAAUCGGGGGAUCUCAUGCAGUUCCAAGCGGGAGGCGAAGUCACCCAAGUCGGACUCGAGUGGUGCUGAAGACGCGGUAGAAUAUGGUACUAGUGGGCCGUUCGUUGGCACUAGACCGCCUGACAGUAAAGAGGACAAGGAUGGACGGAAGAAGAAAGGAAACGUCCUCAGCUUCUCUAAUGAGAAAGAAGGAUCUGAGUUCAAACUAAAGAAAUCAUCAGAUAAAGCUGUGGUCUUCCAAGCCAGGAGAAAGGAGGCUUCCUCUGCAAAGACCUCCCGGCCUACUGCCAGGAAAGAUGUGACUGUGGUCGUGUCCCAGAAAGAAAGGUCCGGAGAACUGUCAUCAGAGAGUGACGGAGAGGGAGGCGCCAAGUCAUCCACAUCCAGCUCUGUCUCCUCCAUGUCCUCCACAUCCUCCAAGUCCUCCACUCAGAAACACAAACCAGUGGUGAUCCCAGAUGCAAGAAGGAUCCAGGCGGCCAGAAGGCAGCGUCAGGCGGCCAGAGCCCAGAAAGACUAUAUCUCCCUGGGGAGAGACGGGGAGAGCUCCCCCCGGACCCCAGACCAGGACCUGGAGGAACGCACUGACGAAGAUUAUGAUGACGAUGAUGAGCCAGACGACCAUGAACGCAGGAUUGACUUUGCCCCGCGGUCCAAAACCAUCAGGGAGAGGAUAGCAGAGAAGAUGGGAGGUAGUGGUGCCAGUGAGUCUGACGACCAGGAGAGUGAGGACAACAACCUCUGGGAGGAGCAACAGAUUGGAAAGGGAGUCAAGAGACACCCUGGGGAGCAGAGUCCAUCAGGCAGUGAGGGCAGUGGCUCUGUGAGGAGCAGUAGUAGUAGACGGAAACAGAGAGUCAACAUCCCAGAGUGUCUGCCUCUCAUCUCGCUCAGCGUGGUGAAGAAGAGGAUCACUGGGAAACUGUGUGAUCUGAGGGAGGUCCACAGGGCUCAUGAGGCAGACCUGAGGAGGAUGGAAGUGGACAUGGACAGUUCUAGAACCUCUCUGGAGAACCUGGAGAGUGGUUCCUCCGACCGCCAGCUUCAGUUCUACCGGGACACCAACACCUACAUUCAGAACCUGGUGGAAUGUCUCAGAGAGAAGGUGGUAGAGAUCAACAGUGUGGAGGUGGACAUGCACACUCUUCUGUCUGACCAGGCGGAGGUACUGUUGUCAAGGAGACGAGAGGCUAUACGGCAGGAGUCAUCUUGCCUCCAGCAGCUCAGCUAUGCCACUGAUCCACAGAGGGAAGGAGACCCCGGGGAAAGUGGGAAUGAAGAAACAAAUAAAAGUGAGUCAGGAGAGCCAGGUGAGGAAGACUAUGGUAGCCUGACGGUCGACAGCGAACCUUCUCCUGAGGAAGAGGCAGAACUGCAGAGGGCGAGAGCGGAGAUCCUGAGCAGGUCUCAGGAUGUGUUCUGUGACGUGCAGGAGGACUUCUGGGAGGUGAAGAAGGUUCUGUCUCGCUUCAACGAGUGGAGAGUAGCCUUCUCCGAGUCCUACCACUCAGCCUACAUCAGCCUCUGUCUGCCCAAACUACUCAACCCGCUUAUCAGACACCAACUUUUAGGCUGGAACCCCCUACAGGCUGCAGGAGAGGACUUUGAGGCCCUGCCGUGGUUCUCUGCUGUAGAGACGUUCUGUCACGGCCUGGAUUACCAGGAGGCAGACCACACUGACAGGAAAACACUGCCUGCAAUCAUAGAGAAGACUCUCCUGCCCAAGAUACAAGCUUUUGUGGAGUUGGUGUGGGACCCUCUGUCCAGCCGUCAGUCUCUGUGUCUGUCUGAGCUGUGUCACAGACUGGAGGAUGACUACUCUCUGUUUGAGGGAGAGCAGAGCAAACCGGUCAAGGCCUUUGUUGAAGCAGUGAGUGGUAGAUUGAGGAGUUCCGUGGAUGAUGACAUCUUCAUCCCUCUGUACCCUAAGAAGUUUUUAGAUGACAAGUUCUCUCCACAGAGGAGGUUCAGAGACCAGCAGUUCUGGACAGCUGUGAAGCUCCUAGGUAACAUUGGCCAGUGGGAUGGGUUGAUAUCUGAACAUGUUCUGAAGGAGCUAAUGUUGGACAAACUCCUGAACCGCUACCUGAUGAUGACGCUACUCAACGAGACCCACUCACAUGACUCUGUCCACACAUGUAAAAAGGUCGCGGUGUGUUUUCCGAAGUCCUGGUUUAAAGACCUGAGCUCCUGUCCCUCUCAGCUGAAGUCCUUCAGUGACCACCUCCUCCAGACUGCCCAUUCAGUCUGCAAACAGCAGCCUGACCACCCCAACACACGGGCUGUGGUGAGCGACGUGCUGACUGUUUUGGGAAGCAUCCAGGCCUGGGACAAGGUAGAGACGAUAUCGGACAAAUACCAUUACAAAGACCUGGUGGACACACUCAAACUGUCCUAGUGUGUCCUACUGUGUCAACCAUACAUCAUGUAAUAUGUGUUGCAACUUUAUUUGUAUUUUUUUAAUCUAUAAAUAAAUAUUUGAGAUGUUUGAACAGA